AUCCAAGUUUCAAAAUAAGUUUUGCAUUAAGUUUCUUAAUUGCAGCCUUUAACAUUUGAAGAGGACAAGAAUCAAUAACCAUGAUAAUGUAUAACACAUAUUUAAACAAAAAUGAAUUACACAAGACAAUAUCAAGAGAUGUUCACAAAAUAUGAUUUGUAACAUUGUGAUAACAAAUUACAUACAACUCGAAAACACCAGCUCUUUCCCAGAUGCUCUUUUCAGUGUAUGAUGCAGCUCAAUCCUCAAACAACAGCUUCAUCAAUACUUACAAAUCUCGAUAUUGAACUCUUGUUUGUAUGAUCUAAAUUAAUUGUACGUCUAUUUCCGUUUUAUAUCGGCUAUACUCCCACCGAUCUCCGAAGGUUCAAAAUGAACAAAACUGUGGAUAAACAUUUACAAUCACUCAGCUUCAACAUAAAUACUUUGCAGAAUCACCAACUGGAUAUCCUUUCUACGAUCCAAACCACACUAGCAAAAUGACUAAAUUAGAACAUCAAUACAAUAAGGAAUGGUCAGUAGGCCAAGGUUCAACCAGUGAUGAUUGGAAAACUUACAAAAAAUUAGAACUAGAUAUUCAAGACCCAUCAGAACUUGAAACAAAUUACAGAUUUUUCAUAUCAGGUGUCGUCCCAAGACCUGUUGCAUUUGUAUCAACUUUAGAUAAAGAAGGUAAUCAAAAUUUGGCACCUUAUAGUUUUUUCAAUAUAGUUAGUUCAAACCCACCAGUUUUCGUUUUCGGUGUCAGUAAAAAUGCAGCAAGAGAUGAUGGUACAAAAGAUACAUUGACUAAUAUCUUGGAUACUGGUGAAUUAACAAUAAACUUCAUUUCUGAUUGGUUUGUCGAUGCAGCGAAUUAUACUUCAAUCCCAUCACCUAAAGGUAUUGAUGAAUUUAAAUUGGCUGGAUUAACUCCAUCACCUUCCAAAAAAGUUAAACCUCCACAUGUUGCUGAGUCUGCUUUUUCCAUUGAAGCUAAAUUAUUAACAACUCAUGAAUGGCAUACAAAAUCAAAUCCUGAUCAAAAAUCUGGAACUUUGAUUAUUGUUGAAGGUGUUCAUAGUUGGGUUAGAGAAGAUAUUUUGAAUAAAGAACGUAAGACUAUUGACAUUUCCAAAUAUAGACCUGUGGGAAGAUUGGGAGCCAUUAACUACACCACAAUUACUGACAAUGGGUAUCCAAUUACUCGUCCACAUAUGAAUAAGUCUUCAAGUGAGAUCAAAGAAGGUGACUGGAUUGAUGAAUUGGAUAGACUCGCACAGAUAGAUAAAUAG